GUAAAUGACGCAGAACACCGCUUACGUACACGUUCAAGUUCACAAACCUGCCAUAAAUUCUGUGGCAAGCUGGUUGUGUGGUUAGCUGGUCGUCGUGCUUGGGGAUUUAAUCUGAAUUGAAGCAGAAGUGGCAUUAUAAUACUAGGUAGUGUCUAAGAGCCAGGAGGUCUCCGUGAGACGCCAUGUUGUUGCACAGGCUCUCCCUGUGUGUUGGGCUCCCCCUCAGCUCAUGCCACUCACACACCGUCGCCAGGGCCGCCUCGCAAGGAAAGCAUGCCCGUGUGCGCCCCGGCAUGCCGUCUGUGCGGCAAUGGAGUAACGUGCCUUUUCUUACAGUGCCGCUGGCGCGCGCCCACGGUAAGUCCUUCGCCCACCGCGGCGAGCUGCGCCAGGCCAAGAGGGUCGUCGUCAAGCUAGGCAGUGCCGUGGUCACCCGCGGCGACGAGUGCGGUCUGGCCCUCGGCCGUCUGGCCUCCAUCGUGGAACAGGUGGCGAUGUUGCAGAGCCAGGGCCGUGAGAUGAUGAUCGUGACGAGCGGAGCCGUGGCGUUCGGGAAGCAGCGUCUGCGGCACGAGAUCCUCCUCUCCCAGAGCGUCCGCCAGGCCCUCCACUCAGGACAGAACGCCCUCAAGGACAUGUCUCUCCCAGUUCUGGAGGCGCGCGCCUGUGCUGCUGCAGGCCAGAGCGGACUGAUGGCUCUCUAUGAAGCCAUGUUCACACAGUACAGCACCUGCACUGCCCAGAUCCUGGUGACGAACCUCGAUUUCCAUGACGACCAGAAGCGGCGUAACCUGAACAGCACUCUGCACGAGCUGCUGCGCAUGAACAUCGUGCCCAUCAUCAACACCAACGACGCCGUGGUGCCCCCGCCGGAGCCCAACAGCGACCUCCAGGGGGUAAACGUGAUCAGCAUCAAGGACAAUGACAGCCUGGCCGCCCGUCUGGCCGUGGAGAUGAAGGCCGACCUGCUCAUCGCGCUGUCUGACGUGGAAGGCCUGUAUGACAGCCCCCCCGGCACAGACGAUGCCAAACUGCUGGACACCUUCUACCCCGGAGACCAGCAGUCCAUCACCUACGGCAACAAGUCCAGAGUGGGCAUCGGAGGAAUGGAGGCCAAGGUGAAAGCUGCUCUUUGGGCGCUGCAGGGCGGCACGUCAGUCGUCAUCGCCAAUGGGACAAACCCCAAGGUCACAGGUCACGUCAUUACUGACAUCGUCGAGGGCAAGAAGGUUGGCACCUUCUUCUCGGAGGUCAAACCCGCUGGACCUACUGUGGAGCAGCAGACAGAGAUGGCCCGGACUGCUGGUAGAACUCUGGCGUCCUUGCACCCUGACCAGAGGAGUGAGAUCAUCUGUGGCUUUGCCGAUCUUCUGACAGAGAAGAGGGAGGAGAUCUUAUCUGCCAAUAAGAAGGACAUGGAGCUGGCUGGCAAUGGAGGCCGUAUGACCCCUGCCAUGAUGAAUCGCCUGAGCCUGUCGUCGUCGAAGCUGAACAGCCUGGCCAUCGGCCUGCGCCAGAUCGCCGUGUCGUCGCAGGACAGCGUGGGCCGCGUGCUCCGCAGGACCCGAGUGGCCAACAACCUGGAGCUGGAGCAGAUCACCGUGCCCAUAGGGGUCCUGCUCGUCAUCUUUGAGUCCAGACCAGACUGCCUGCCGCAGGUCUCUGCUUUGGCCAUCGCGAGUGGUAACGCUCUUCUGCUGAAGGGAGGGAAGGAGGCCACACACACCAACCGCAUCCUGCAUGAGCUCGCCCAGGAGGCACUGGCCCUGCACGGAGUCAGAGACGCCAUCCAGCUGGUGAGCACGCGUGAGGAUGUGGAGGACCUGUGUCGUCUGGAGAAGAUGAUUGACCUGAUCAUCCCGCGCGGCUCCUCCCAGCUGGUGCGGGACAUCCAGCGCGCCGCUAAGGGCAUCCCCGUGCUCGGGCACAGCGAGGGCAUCUGCCACGUCUACAUCGACGCCGAGGCCAGCAUCGACAAGGUCAUCAAGAUCGUCCGAGACUCGAAGUGUGACUACCCAGCAGCCUGUAACGCCAUGGAAACCCUCCUGGUGCACCGAGACGUGCUGCGGGCGCCGCUCUUCGACCAGAUCAUCGACAUGCUGCGCACCGAACGGGUGAAAAUCCACGCCGGCCCCAGGUUUGCGUCCUACCUGACCUUCAGCCCGUCGGAGGUCAAGUCCCUGCGGACGGAGUACGGCGACCUGGAGUGCUGCAUCGAGGUGGUGGACAGCCUGCAGGAGGCCAUCGACCACAUCCACAAAUACGGCAGCUCACACACUGACGUCAUAGUCACAGAAAACGAGGAGACAGCAGAACAGUUCCUUCAGCAGCUGGACAGUGCCUGUGUGUUCUGGAAUGCCAGCUCUCGGUUCGCGGACGGCUACCGCUUUGGUCUCGGUGCGGAGGUUGGCAUCAGUACCGCCCGUAUCCAUGCCCGCGGGCCGGUGGGUCUGGAGGGGCUGCUCACCACCAAGUGGGUCCUGCGAGGGGACGGGCACACGGCGGCAGACUUCUCGGAGCAGGGCAGCAUGAAGUUCCUCCACGAGAACCUCCCCGUGGCACACCCCCUCCACGGGCAGAGGACCAGCAACUAGAACCGGCCCGCCCGCCCGCCCGCAACGCAGAACACAACAGAACCCGGAACCCUCAAAUACUCCCCAACGCAACGCCAGCCAAAGUGCUUGGAAUGAACCCCAGUGCUGAGAAGAAGGUUUUAAAACUGUAGCUGUAAAGGACACCACAGGUCGAGGGUCAAGGUCAAGGUCAGAGACUUCAGGAGUGCCAAGCAGACCUACAAGGAAGACCACAUUAGUGCAGCCACACACACACACACACACACACACACACACCCCACUGUCAGCUGCUGUUCGCCUUCUCCAGUUUCCACAUCGCUUAGGACUGGGCCCUGUGAGGUCUACUUACCCACAAUCCACUGGACUAAAGAGUGGUGUUUUCUCCCCACGUCCCGCUGGUGUCCUACACCCCCCCCCCCUCCUCUCU